CCAAGAACAAGCUGCGCUGCUGGAUGUUCACAGCUCGUCUUUAUUCACAGAAACCAUCGCCUGGUUGCAGCCAUGGAGUGCCUCAAAAACUGCUGCAAGAACUUCAUGAAGAGGAGGGAGAAGGAGCAGGAGACUCAAGUGAUCGCUCUGAAGAUGCCUCCAGAUCAGACGGAAACGUCAGCACUUAGUGAAACGAGGAGGGGAGUCACAGAAGAUUACCUCCUUUCCAAGCUGCCGCCGGACGGCCGAGAGGUCCCGUUUGUUCUGCCGACCUUCAGGGCCUCGUACAUCCAACCCAGAGGACCUCAGUACCCCAACUUACAGUCUGGCCUGCAGAGUUCAGCUCGCAGCACGUAUGCAGAGAGGAAGGCCGAGCUGCUGGGCACCAGCCACUUCGCCUACGGCCCCGAAUCCAGCUUCCGUCAGGGUCAGAUGACCGAGUACAUCUCCCCCGGAUCAGCCCGCCGAGACACCCUGAGGAGCAAAAACUCCAGUCCUCAGAGCCCAGGUUGGAGCCUGAAGCCGGGCGGCCAGCAGCGACUCAGCAGCUCCAUGUUUGAUCUGUCCAGCCCUCAGAGUCACAUGCAGCUGCAGCGCUUCGACUCCGCGUCCAGCGUCUUCAGCAGCGCCUCCUCCGUGAUGAGCUCCAUGGAAAGCAGCCUGGAGUCCAUCGCCCUGUCCGGAGACGAGCGCGACCUGGGAAAGGUGUGCGUCCGGCUGAGCUACCAAGAGGCAGUGGAGCAGGUGUGGAUCACCCUGGUUCAGUGUUCAGACCUCAACCUUUAUCCAGACGGAGUAGAACAACAAAAGAUUGGUUUUAAAGUGAUCAUCACCAUCCCCAAACCCGUCCAGUUCAAGAGCUCUGUCAAGGACUGCUCUCAGGAUGUGUCCUUCAUGGAGACCUUUGUGUUUGCGCUGCGACUCCAGCAGUUGCGAUGCAGCGCUUUGGUGCUGCGGCUGCAGACUCACAUCCCGAAGAAACGUACAGUGGCCGAGUGCGUCCUUUCCCUGCGACAGCUUGGCCUUCAGGAGACCGAGCACUGGCUCGACCUCAACCCUCCGUCCAAAUCCUCGGUGUACCACUCUGAGCUGCAUCUCACCACCUGCUUUCAGCCGGUCAACGGACGCAUCCAGCUCCAGGUCCUCGCCGCCCAAAACCUCCCAGCGUCCUCCUCACCGCUCACCCAGGUGUUCUUCGUCAAAGUGGAGAUGCACCAGCUGGGGCAGGUGGCGAUGAAGAAGAAGACCCGGGUGCUGAAGGCCUCGGGGGGUCAGUGUCAGUGGGCUGAGACGUUUCACUUCCUGCUGGCGUCUUUAGACCACGCCUGCUCACUGACGGUCAAACUCUACAGCCGCAGCUCAGUCAGGAGGAAACAGUGUCUCGGCCAGGUGCAGCUGGGAUUCGACAGCCCCGUCCCUGAAGCUGUGGAUCAGUGGAAGGACACGAUGGCUCACCCAGAGAAAGUGGUGGCAGCGUGGCACAGAUUGAGCACCUCCUAAACCUCUCCUCCACCACCUCCUCUUCACACACUGCUGACGUAGCGCUCUGUUGCUGCAGGUCUGGACUGCUUGCUUUUCCAGUCGAGCGUCCUGAACGCCGACCGUCAGCUCAGACGGACCGUAAACGGCUGCACGUGCCCUGGAUCAGACACUUCAGGUGUUCGCUUGUAAAUACCAUCGGGGUGUUGAACAAAGUGUAGCUGCUGGAAAAGGCUUUUUUGGUGUUUAGACUAAAUGAGGGGUUUUUCUUUAAAAAACUGUAAAAUAUUUGCUUAACUAACUUAACUUAGUUGUUUAAAAUGUUGUUUCCUGUGAGUGUGUCACUGCUGUUUGGUGAAAACCUCGUCACUCUGUUUCAGCUGGAUAGAAAGUUAAAGGCAGAAAAUAGUGGCAAUGAAGUCGUUUUAGAAACUUCAUGUUAUUGGUGUGUAAAUAGGAUCCAUUUUAAAGGAUAAAAUGGUGAUUUUCUGUAUUUUUCUUGUAGUUAACAUUCUCAGUACUCACCCACAGACACAAAUCUAUAAAAAUAGGUCACAAAGAUUUAGAUAGUUCUUUUAUAUUUAUAUUUAUAUAUAUUUACAAGGCUAAGGAGGCUCUUUAAACAGCUGGACAUUGUAGUUUUGUUUUUUGGCAAACACCACAUAAACAGGAGUAAAUGGUAUAAUUUUGAAGACCUUUUUAUUUUGUAGGUGAAUCUCUACACACCUAAAACAAAGACUUUUGCUGACCUUUAAUUUGAAAAUCCUGGGGACGCAUUUUAAACUGGACGGACAGAAACUGAGAAUUUUUCGAAUUCUGUCUUAGGAACACUUUUUUUCUUUUUGAUUGGCUGCUUUAAUAAUGUAGGAGGACUCACAAGUGCAACAGUGUGCUUCAUUAAUGUGCUUUAAAGUGAAAAUCUAGGAUGUUUUUUUACCUUAACAUGAUGUUUUUAUUUGCUAGAAGACACGUCAUGAGGGAAAAAACCACCAUAAUCGGGUAUUUCCACCUUAAAACUACAGCGUACCAAAGACAAUCUCAAAAACAUGGAUUCAGACCUUCAAGUUUUCAUAUUUAACAUACUGAAGGAGCCAAUCCUUACCAUUUUGUAGUGCAGAGUAGUUUUAACAGAGCUGUGUUCGAGCUCGUGUGCAAAGACUUCAGAGAUUUGCACGUUCCAGAGGAAGCAAAACUUAUAUUUAAGUCAUUUUCAAGCAGGAAUGGAGUAUUUUCAUGGAAAAACUUGCUAUAAAUAAGCAACUUUGAUGCACAGAGUUGAGUUUUUAGGGUUUUAAUCAACAGAAAAGCACAAAAAUUCACUCAUAUUUAUCCUUUAAUUAUCUAAAAAGUGAAGGUUUUCCCUUCCUCCUAAUUUAUCUUCAUAGGAUGUCAUGUUACUGAACAAUGCAGCAGCUUUGGCUUUUGAUAAAAGCACUUUAAUUGUUUUUUUAAAUGUAUUUAAUGUUGAAAGUUUUUCUGUGAUUAAAGUAGGUGUUGUUUGCUAA